AUGCGUAUAUUCUGGAGAUACCAAACAACUUUGUUCUGCGUUGCACUCAUAUUCACGUUUUAUAUUGGUUUGUAUCAAACUGUUAAUUUAUUAUUUGGAAUAGCUCAUAUUAUAUUACCGUAUCAACCACCUAAAAACAAUGAGCUGAAAGCGUUUAUCACUUCAUCAUAUUUUUAUCCAAAGUCUGAAAGCUUGGGUGACAACUCUUUUGCGUUGGUUAUGAGCAUUAAUGUGGCUAAAAGCCAAAAGGAUUACAUGGCGAUACAAGGUGGUAAGAUUAUGGAUGACGCCGAGUUAACAAUAUAUGCCAACAAUGGAACAUUCAGAAAGAUAGUACGAACAAACUAUAUCAGAAUUACUCCUCACGAUUAUUGUCAAAUGAUCACGGUAUUUGCCACCACACAACUGCUGCCAAAUGUGGAAAAAAUCGAACUAAUUUCUGAUGACGGCUCCACCGAGGUAUCGACUUGGUUGAAGUUACAGGCAGGAAGUCUAGAUUAA